AUGGAAGAAGAGAAUGAUAUCGAUAAUGAUAAUGAUAAUGAGGAGGAGGAUGAUAUAGAUGAAGAUGAUGAUCAAGAUGAUUUUAAUGAUAACUACGGUUCAUUAAAUGAUUUUGAUGAUGAAAAUUCUUCUCCAGAUUUGACAAAAAUGACAGAAAGACAAAGACAAAAAUAUUUUGAGGAGCAAGUGGAUCCGAAGAAAACAAAAUUUUUGUCAUUAAGUAAUGAAAUACAUAAAAAGAAGGUUCUAACUGAAGAGGAACAACAAAUGAAGAGAGCAGAAACUGCAAGAAGAAGAAAAAAUCAAAAUGAGAAAAGGUUGGAAGAAGAGAAACAGGACACUUUGAAUAAGUUGUUAAAAAAAAGAGCAAGUAAAGCGAGAGAUUUAAAAUCAUUAGAUGAAAAUAAUAAAAUUGAAACAUCAGUUAAGGAUAGAAGACCUAUUAUAACUCAUAAGGCUCUCUUCCGUUGGAUUUCUACUAAAGAUGAAUUUUCAUUAACUGCUCCAGAAGGUUUAGGAUUUUAA